GAGAAACUAGAAGAAAGGCAAGUGCUGGUAUGACGCAGGAAAAUUUAAUAUCAGUGCUGAGUAGACACUGAGGUGAACAGCUUGUGUUAUGAGCGCGGUGUUCGAGUGUUUGAAGUGUGUGUAUUGUGAACGUGUGUAGUUUUGUUACUUGAACAGCCUACGUUGUGUUUUGUUCAUUAUUAUUAUAAGAAGACGCAUUGAAAAUUAUUUCUGUUUAUAAAAAUUUGAUUCUGUCUACUUUAUUUAAGAUCAGUCUUGUAAGGAAUCUUUAAGUGAAUCUUGUUGAGGAAGUUUUAAUAUAUUCAGUGACAAUGAAGUUGAGUGUAAUUUCUGCAAUAGUACUGAUUGGGAGUACGGUCUUUGCAAAAAUUGGUGAUUCGUCUUCACAAGCCCCAAAUUUACAAGAUCUCAACUUUGGUAACCUCCCAGGAAAUUUGUCAGUGCCUAGCAAUCUUCCUGUCAACAUCAGUCAUGUCCCAACUGUGGAGGAAGGUGAGAAGAUAUUUGAAGAGAAGUGUAAGAAGUUGGGACAUCCAGAGGCUUACCAAGCUGCUCAGGCUGGGAAAGAGGAGCUACUAGAAUGUUAUAAUAAUCUUGUAAAUGUAACGGAGCUUCAAGCAGAGGUGGAGAAGGCCAAACCUUCUGGUGACCUGGAUAUUGUAUUUCGCAAAUAUUGCAGAAAAUCUCCACAAUUGAAGCAUUGUAUCACCAAUUUCACAGCCACUCUUGAACCAUGUCUUGAAGAAAAGGAGAAGGAGAGCAAAUACCUGAUCCAGAACAUCACUGAUUCAAUAAUCAAGUUUGUCUGUUUUAAAGAGGGUGACCGGAUUGCUUUGUUUAUUGCUGAAGGUGGUCCAGAGUGUCUUAAAACAAAUAAUGAAGCUAUACAGAGUUGUGUCAACAAAACAAUCUCUAGGAAUUUACCUACAGAGCCACUGUCACUCAACAAUUUGCCAUCUCUGGUCAUUGAAGAAGAACAGUGCAGAGAUAUGACAGAGCUGCAGAAAUGUGUUGUGAAGGCCCUGGAAACAUGCACUGAACCUACUCCUGCAAAUAUUGUUGACAGUAUGUUUAAUUUUGUGCGUAAAAUGACACCAUGUGCCAAGCUCAAGUCUGAUAAUCAUCGUAGUGGUUACGCAAGUGUAAAAGACAGUGCAACCACUAGUAAAAUUACAGGAGUAACAAUCUUAAUAUCAACAUUUGUUACUGUUAUUGCAAGAAAAAUACAGCAGUCACUAUAAAAAUAUUUUAUAAUGUUAUUGUCUCAAAGAUCAGACUCAGUUUUAAUAAAUACAUUUUCAGUAUAGCAGUUGAAUUUUAUAAUAAUUAAAAUAUUUUAUUGUAUCUUAGUUCUAAAUAUUUGUGCAGUAUAUCAUUGUCAUAUGAUCACAAUGUGUUAAGUAAUUUCUUAUGUUAAUAUUUAUGAUAAUGUUCAGUUUUUCCUUGAAUCCUGCUACAAUAAAGAAAGUCCAGUCUGAAAGGCUGUAACACAUUGGGAUAAUAUAAAGUAGAAUUUUUUUUUGGAGGUAGUUGAAAUAUUGGUUUCUUUAUGCACGCAAGGUUGUAUUUUAGUUCUUUCCUAUUGUUAUCUUCAUAUUCUGUAAACAGAGUAGUUCACAAGGUAAAUUGGUUUUUUACUGAAUGGAACAUGUGGGAUUAUAGUUCCAUAUGAUUUAUUUACAUUUUAUUCUUGGUUUAUGUGUUCUUCAUAAAGCAUUUUUUCUGUUUUAUAUGAAUCAGUGGUAGUUUUAUUUAAUAAUAGUGUUAUGUCCAUACCUGCAUCACAUGAACCCCUCAUUUACAUUGGUCUCAUAUUUUAAUGUUGGAGAUGUGAGGGUUUAGAAUAUUACAUCAUGUGUCAAGUCAGUAGUUUUUAAAAGUGUCGAUCAUUAAACUACACCAGCUUCAGACCAACAAAGAAUUCCCAACAUAUCUCAGAUUAUGUAUAUCUGGGAUAUCCAACUUAUAAUGAAACCUGCUAUGACAGCAUACUGCAGCAGCAGGGAAGUUAUUGGGAAUUCAGUCAUAAUGCAGAACAUAGCCAUUGCAUGCUAAUAGGUGGGUUCUAAGUUGCGUAGGAUUCUCUGUAUAAAGGUAUAUAUUUUAUUAAUAUGCAUUGAAUGCCUAAUUAAUGGUAGUGAGCUUCAUGAAAAGUACCACAUUUAUAUAUGUGAAUAUCUGUUACAUUACAGUCUGCUAUUCUAAAAUAAGUGUUUUCUUUGUUUGUUUUUGCAUUCAUAUUUUUAUAUUUUUAGUUACUGUUCAUUCCAAAAUCUCUUUUCAAUUUGUAUUAUAUUCUCUUCUUUUGGCAUUCAUGUACUCAAGAAGAAUGAGGGAAAGUAUUAAAUAUAUUAUAUUUGUAAGCAUGUUCUGGCACCGUGAUUUGAUUAAACUUGAAUCAGUGCUCAGCACUGUAUGACUCAAAACAGCAUUGGCCUAUAAUCAUAAGUUUCCAGACAUGUUGACACUAGUCACACUGUGCUUGGACCACUACAAAUUGACAGCAGUGCUACUUUCUUCAGUACCAUGACAUUUGCAGGAGGAGCCAGGAAUCUUUAAAUCACACCAUGUGCAUAGCAUGAACAUCACUAUGACUAAAAGAAAAAGAAUUCUGUUUAAAUUUAGUCACCACCCUAUAAAAAGAUCACUGUUCUAAAGUAUUUUAUUGCAUGUUGAUUAUAUUAAAACUGUUGGCAUUACA